AUGAAUUUAGGCAAACCAGAUCUCAAGUGGUACAUUCAAUAGAAGGCAGCUCAGAAUGUGAAGGAGAGACUCUAUGGCUAUCCCACUCAUUUGAAUUAAUUGCCUGUGCAAACUCAGAUCAAGUUUAGCAUUCCCACCGAAUUCGUAGGAUGCAUCAAUGAUCAAGAUCAGAAGGAUGUCAUCAAGAUACUCAAAUUCACCCAUCUCAAAUGGUUAGCCAAAAACAAUAGCUUCGCUUUGGGGUAUAACAAGAUCAAUAAUCAGAAGCGAUAAGGACACUUGUCAAUCUUUGAUUUGAAUGACUGGAAAUUGUUUUACAAGAAAUUUGCAAACGACGAAGCAAUGGUGGGGAUCCUGAAUCAAGAAUAUCUAAACAAGGUAUUUGGAAUUGGGAGUAAUGGAGGGAUCUACACGAUUGAAAAAGGAUAGGGAGGACUUGAGUAGAGACCAGUAUUGGAGACCAAAAUCUUGCAAAUUACGGAGGGAUCCUUCUCUCCGAAUCAUCAUAAAAUUGCCUUUUCGAGUUAGGAUAAGUUGAUCUAUCUGUAUGAUGUCUAAUCGGAAUCGAAAGAGACUCUCAUGGGACAUGGUAAGGAGGUGUACACGGUGCAAUGGAAUCCAGAAAACAGUUUGAUAAUCAGUGGAGCAGAUGAUGAGACUAUUCGUCUUUGGGAUGCUUCGAGUAGAGAUGAGAUUCUGAAUUUAAAAAGACACAAUUUAGGAGUGAAAAAGGUUAGGUGGAAUAGAAAUGGGACAUACUUUGCGACGACAGGAAAGGAUAAGCAAACCUUGUUGUUUGAUCUUAGGAAAAUGGAUAUGGAAAUAUUUAAAUUGCAUCAGACUCAGGUUGACACCAUCUUUUGGCAUCCAAAAUAUUAAAAUAUAUUUCUCACAGGCGAUGCCAAUGGUUCUAUUUCAUGUUAUAACAUCAACGCUCCAAAUGAACCCAUGUAUGUGCAGCAUGUACCUGAAACCAUUGUGACUGAUCUGGCUUUGGACUCAAGUGGGUCUAUGAUGAGUGUGAUUAGAGCCAAAUAAGUACAGCCAGAUUAAAAAAUCAGUAUGGCUGAUUAAAUAUCUAUUUAUAAGACUGCAUGA